AUGUCCUCCUCCUCUCUUCUGUGCUGCCUGCUGGUGGUGUGUGUUCUGACUGUGGUCCAGAUCUAUGCAGCAGAGAAACGUAAGGUUCUCAAGGUCUUCAACCUCCGUGCCAGCGACCUGAACAGCGGCUUGUUCCAGACCCCUGAUGCCUACGUCAAGGUAAAUCUCUCCUCACCUGAGUCACCUGUCCACCAUGAUAGAUGAUGUACGGUGAUCUGUCUGGUGCAAAAUAGCCAGGUGCUAGUGCUAUACAUUAGUGGAGAUUAGAUGGUGAGUCCCCCUUCCCCCCUUUACUAUGAGCAUCUGGGGAGGGGGGGCUUUAUACAUCUAAUCUAUUAAUGAUGAGGAUGAUGAGGAUGUGUAUUAUCAUUAUUAUAAUUCAGGUGUUUAUGGGCUCCGGCUAUGGUGGGAAGACAGAGGUAAAGAACAACAACCAUGACCCCUGGUGGAAGGAGGACUUCAACUUCUUCAACGCCCGUGAGAACGACCCCCUGAGGCUGGAGGUGUACGACUCCGACGUGGUCUUCGACGACCUGCUGGGGACCUGUGAGCGCUCCAUCAAGAACGGAACUUGGCAGCAUCAAUGUUUCCUGAAGAAAGGAGGGUCCCUGUACUACUCCUACACCCUAGAGCCUCUA